CUCCACGACACCAAUAAAAUGUAAAAGCAACGCUGCACUUUACGCAUUUUGUUUCCGCGGAACUGCAGUAGCAUACAAUCGAAAGACUCCAACGCAUGUUUGAAACCGCAUCAAAACAAUGUUCCGUCAAGCGUUGUUUACAUAUUUUGACAUUUGGCGCAGAACCGCGAGAAAGCAUGUACCGCGAUGUGGAGUGACUCUACUUGAACUGACAGCUGUUUACGUUUAGCUCUGUAGCGAGAUUGUUCCACGAUGUUAAAAUUUGAUUCGACAUUGAGUAAUUAAUAGCGUAUUUGCAUGCUUAAACAAUAGCGUGCCACAUGGCAAAAAAAUGCUUGUGGCGAUUAGUUGAAGGAUUGUAUCGAUAAUGCUUCAACUGUGGUGGUUUUUUCUCUCUUCCUUUUACCCAUACGCGUCAGUGAUCGAAACGUCAAACACGAGCACCGUUUAUCACAUCAUAUUUUGAUUACCGGAUGGAGUCGCAUCGCAACCACAUCGAUCACCGAGCAAGAAAAGAGAGCAACUAUCCCGCAGUAAAUAGCGAUUUGUGACCGCGUUGCCCGUAUUCCGGGUACGCCGGAUCCGGUCUCAAAAGACCACCCUAGUUGCGGGACACUUGUCAGCUGUUCAGCGAGACAACACAAAACGAGCAGGUCACUAACGGCUAUGCGGAGGUCCUCAUCCUGUGUGUGAAGAUUAAGAUACGGUCACUUUAAGAUACCACUGGCCAAGAAAGCUUCACAGCUUAGAGCUUACAAACAAAGCUGGUCCAGCAUUGGAUGAGUGCAGAUUUACCAUGACUACAAGGUAGAACAACAUUGUCGUCAAAGACCGACAUGUCGCAGAGCAAACCAUGGGAGGGAAAGCAGACACAAAAUCGUCACAGCCGAGUGCCACAAAAUCGCGGGUAUCGCGGCGUAAUAAAAAGAAGCCAACGGAGCAUCAACGGCAACCCAAACCGAACAACGUUGGUACGACCGGUAUACGUAUAUCGCCGGCUGACCAACAUGACUCCGACCAUCAAUCGUUGGCUACGACGGGUGUUCCAACCGGUGGUAAACGUUACCAGAGCACACGGACGCAGGCAGCCUCCCAACGGCGAGACCGGGCUCGUAAGCUGGCGGUGGAAACGGAUCGAACGGGGGCAGAUGUGCGCGGUUCGUCGCCUCACGAGCUAGCAAACAUACCGGCGGAUAUGCGCAUCUCGAAGCUAUUGCGCAGGUUAACGGGUGAGACCAAUCCACAGAUGUUUCAGGAGGUGUGCGAUCGGCUAGAGGUGGUAAUUCUUGACCCAUCCAAUGCAACCUACGUGCGCAAAUCGUUCGACAUACUGGCAAACACCGUAAGCACCAUACUGGAGAGUGGGUUACGCGAGUGUCAGGAUCGUGUUGCGCAGCUGUUUGGCAUGAUGCUGUAUGUUUUGCUGUGCAGUUCGUCGGACGCUUCCGUACUGCGUAACUGGGCCGGCCGUUACCUGAACCAAACCAAAUCGAUCCGUCGUUCUUCCCUGGUUGCGCUCCGGCAGGCGAUACUGCUGGACCGUGGUGGCCAAAAGAUCUACGGUGUUAUCAAUUGGUUGCUGGGCGUUUUGCAGGAAAUACUGGAAACGACCGACGUGCUAGAUGUAUUUGUGCUGGUAACGGAUGUGAUGGUAGAGCUAGCGGAUGGUUAUCCGCGUGCAUUUGCACCACACUUUAGUGAUAUCGUUGACAUUGUGGUCGGGUGGCAGCUGGAAAACACACAAUCAACAAAGGUUAAGCUGCACUGUGCCCGGGUACUGCUAGCGUUUCAGCAGUACUGGUACGAAAAGCGUGACGUGACGUUUAAUCUGCUGGAACAGUUCAGUGAAGACAUCGAUGGGCUGUGCGGUGAUGUCGACUACAGCGAUCAACGGCAGCGAAACGAUGCUAACCGUUUGUUCGGCUCACUGCUGACCGCGUUCAACAGUGUGCUAAAGUGUUUGGGAAAUUUCACCACCACCACCCACAAGACGGAUGCCUUCGUGCUGCAGGACGAUGAGCUGGCACGGUUUGACUGUUGCAGCAUCACCAUUAUGGAGAUCGUGUUUCGCCUGUUGGAAGCACCACCGACCGGUUUGGUUGUGGCCGCUAUCUGUGAGUUUACCAUGUUGCGGCUUGCGUUACAUUCACCAACGAUAGCUGCUACUAGCGAGGAGGAUAUGGACCAUCUGGUACAGAAGCUUGUAAAGUAUGCCGAUACGUACAGCGAUGAGCAAAUUGGAGCACUGCUGCAUCUGCUUUUGCACUAUAUUGACACCGACGGGACCCAGGUACAGCUGGGUCGUGUACGGGCCUUACUGCCCGUGCUGUUCCACGAAGGAACGUUAUAUGCGUUACGUUACCGCCAAAAUCGUACAGUCCAGAGGAUGCUGCUUUUACUGUGCCAUCACAUAUUAACACUCAAACAGGGGGAAAUACUCCAGACCGCGUACAGCUUCAUUCUGGCCGAUAUUGACGAUGCGCUAGGGAAGUUGCGAGCCAUCGGCAGCCGGACGGUGUCGAAAGCGAACGUACUGCGUUUGCAGUACCGUAUACAGUUUAGUUUAGUGCUGUUUUCCCCGCUAGCGAUGGCAAGAAAUUCCAUUUUUAUCACGUGGACGCUUAAGGACGAACCCGUACUGCACGUGCUGCUGGAGCGAUUAGCACCGGCCGACGGACGGCUGUGGGAUCAACAGGUACACGCGCACCUGCACUAUGCCGUACUGCUGACCGCCUUUCAUCACUGCAGUGCAAACAAUCACUUCAUUUCGUCGAGCAGUUUGUUACAGCCGGCGCGCCCGUACGGGAUGGUGGAUCGUUUCCGGCGGGGCAGCCAAACGGAACCGUCCGAUGCGGAUAGGGAUGCACCACCGGAAAGCCCUACGGCCGAUCACUUCGGGCUGGUGUUACGCUUUCUCGGCACAAUACUGGGACGGUGGCGUUGCGUACGACCGUCGAGCAGGUACGAGUCCCGUCGGACGGAUCUGUUGCUACUGCUGCUCGACUGGAGUCUGGCGAUUAUAACGCAAACGACCCGUUACCACGAUGUACUGCACGAAUGCGACGAGUUCAAUCAACUGCUGGUACACGUCGGUACGGUUGCCGUCGAGGAGGGCAGUGAGAGUGAAACGAUCGGAUUGCGUUGUGCCGACUGUCUCGAUGCAGCCUGCCAGUAUGCUAGUUUGCACGUGUCCGCUUACCAAGCGAUUGCGGAAGCCUGCUGCGUACAUCUCUGCUCGGUGUACGGUAGCUUGCGGACGCGGUACACCGUCCUCUUCUCGAAGCUACCGUUGCGCCACUCGCUGAGACAGGUGAACGAAUUUACCGGCGUGAAUAGACGACGCUGGGAACAGAUUGGUGAGCUAAAGAAUGGACUCUAUCAGGGUGGAGGAGGAUAUGGGUUGCAGCAUUCCGCUACCCUUCGAAUGGCGGAUCUGCGCAGCCUUUUCAACCGCAUUACCUUCAGCCGGGAUGGGUCCGGUUAUGCCGGGGGAUUUCUGCACGAACUGCUCACCCGCUCAUUUAAUCAACCGUCGAGAUACGGUGAGAUGGCGCUACGCGAUCUACGCUGCCUAAUACCCUGGGCACAAUGGGAAGCGGCUCAGCUCUGCGUGAACCACAAACUGCGCACACCGUUCGGCAAACCGCAAAGCACAUUUCUACGCAUCGAAUCGAUCGUAAAGCAGUGUGCCCGCAUCUUAGCGCUGACGGAUAAAUUCCCGGUGCGUGACAUUGGCACGUCAAUAGUGAACCAAAGGCACGCCCGGAUACUGUUAGGGUUUUUGGAAGCGCUAGAAAAAUCAAUCUACAAUGCAGCGGAAGGUACGGCGUAUGCGUUGCCCGCGCCAGAAAAACCGGCCCGCACCUUUUUCCGCGUCAAUCAGCAAACGUGCGCGGAAUGGUUUACGCGCAUCCGUACAGCGGUCGAUCUCGUUGCGCUGCACUGCAUGGAGCCGGAAAUGGUGAUACGCUACUCGGAGGCGGUACUGCGUGAGUUGGUCGCCGCCGGUAAGACGUCCGAUCCGAUCUUCGAGCAUAUGCUGAUGUCGUUGGUGUGGGCGCUGGUACGCAACUGGGAGUCGGACGCACUGUACGGUGUGUACGUGUGGAGCAAACGGUUAACCGGUCGCAAAUACUCCUGGAUACGGAUGGCAGCGGAAGAAGCGUCUGGGCACCGGGAGACGGCGGCAGCGGGUUUUCGUGGAAUAUUGGCCGAUCCUGGCAGUGUCGGAAUGGAUCGACACAUACGGGACUUUAUCGUGGAUCAAACGAUACUGUCACUGCUGUUUACUGGCGAUUAUCGGCAGCUGUAUGAGUUUCUGCUCGCGGAAGAAAGCAGCGGUACGCCACGGGCGACGAUACCACUGAUUACGGUAACGGCGGCCCAGAUUAGCUCAAUCAUACGGUACGAGGAAACGCACGACGUGAGCGUAAUCGAUAUCAGCCAGUGGGAGCUGGUGGACGUAGGAAAUAACAUCCCGAACGAUUUCUCCUGCCACAAGAUGAUUUGCGCCGUGGAGAACAGCCUGUCCGGUAUCAUACUGCAGGAUCAGAUUGAGCAGCGCGAACGCAUGAUCGAUGCGAGCACGGAACUGAUCCAGUGCUACCUGCAGGAGUGUCUGCUGACACGUUGCCGCGAGUAUCUGUUCCAGCUAACCAUUACCAAUCACAUCCUGUACAAGAUAGCGCACCGUGCGCGUGACGGCACUGCCGGUACGGCGGAUAGCAGCGGUGCCGGACUCGGUUCGCUGAAUGUGGAGAAAUUUUACGGCACCCUCACCCUGAUGCGCCUGCUGGCGUGGUCCGAAUUUUUGCUCGCCGAUACAGGCGAUGGUUAUGAGGUGCAGCAGCAGAACAUCGAUCUCCGGCUCGACAUGGUAUCGAUCGGGCGUAAGGAGAAAAAUUACGCACUCAGCCGACGGGAGCUGGAGAAGUACUAUCACAAAUCGAACCUGGUCGGACGGCUGGAACAUUUGGGCGAAAUGGAUGCCGGACCGGAUCGCCCUCCGAAUCUUCAACAGCAACGCGUCACGCUGGAACAGGUAGCGAUCGCACUAACAAAGUACGAUCCUUCGCCGCCGAAAGAUUUGUGGGACGAAAACCUAUCCCGCGCGGUGUACGAACAUUGCAAGUGGCUGUACUGUCAACCGGGCAAACGGCUGGAAGCGAUAGACUUUGCCGCCUGUGCCACGGCUGUCAUCGACGGUGUGUUGGUGCGGCGCCGGGAUGAAAACGAAGGCAAACGGACGGCACAGCUGUCGGAGCGUGUUGCUAGGUUUAUGCUCACCAUCAGCGACUGGAUGGCGGUGGGUGAGGCUACCGAACCGUCGGCAAAUGAGCUGGCUAGUGUGAAGCGUUUGGGACAUCUGUUGCCAUCGAUCGAUGUGAAACCGUUGGCGACGCAGCACACGGAAAUAUUUGGCCCGUCCGAUCGGUUGAUCGGUACGAUGCUGAAGGGCGCCGUCGAUCGUUGUCCACCGUUGGCGAAAGCUUGGUUCGCGCUCGGUUCGUGGCUGUACCGUUGGGGUAAGCGUAUUGUGGAGCAUAGUGCGGCCGAUGGUUCGAGUGCUCGCAUCAGUGUGGAUCAGGUCGUAGCGAUACUGGCCGGUCCGAACGUUACGCUGGACGAUUGUGAACGGAUAGUGGAGAUAUUGAACGAUCACGAACCGGCGCGCAUCGUGAUCGGUGUGGACGGGGACCGCGAUACGGACGAGCCGGACGAACUCGAUCUGGACAGUUCGGCAACGAUCGGUUCGAUCGGGCUGCUCGAUGCGUUGCAUCGUGCAAUGCCCGGUUUGGAAAGGAAUGUAUCACCGGAACGGCUUUAUGCGAUCAUCGAUAUAUGGCGCAGCAAUCAUCGGGCGGUGUACGGCUAUUACGAGGCAGCGGCCGAAGCAUACUUUCGCUUUCUGCAACUAUCGUCCGGCAGGAACGAUCCCACGUCCGAGGGUGUGGACAGUGAGCGGGCCCGCUCGGUUACGGUUACGCUGCGUUUGCUGCGCCUGAUCGUGAAGCAUGCGCUCGGCCUGAAGGAGGUGCUGGAGGAAGGGUUGGCCACGACGCCGAGUGAACCGUGGCGUGUUAUUACGCCGCAACUGUUUUCUCGUCUCGCCCAUCACGAACCGUACGUGCGGAGGCGCGUAUCGGAACUGCUGUGCCGCGUUGCCAAGGAUGCACCGCACCUGAUCAUCUUUCCGGCCGUGGUCGGUUCGGUACAGGAGGAACCGGGCCAGCUAGCGGUGGUGGAUGUGUUGCGGGACGGUGUCGAAGAGAUAUCGAGCCGAAUUAAUGAUACGACCGAACAUGCACCCUCGUCUACCGCCGCUUCCGGGUUGGGUUUUUGCUUCAACGCGCUACUAGACAUUCUGUCGUGCGAAAUACCCGAUACGGUAAAGCAGGUCCAAACGCUCGUACACGAACUGCGCCGUAUAUCGCUGCUGUGGGAAGAGCUGUGGGUGGUAUCGCUGCAUCAAAUCUAUUCCGACUACACCAAACGCAUCCCGACGUUCGAAGGUGAAUAUCGCCGACUGUACACGUCCGGUCAGCUCACCGAACAACGGCGCACACUGCUGGCGGAAAAACAUCGGCUACUGUUGCGCCCGCUACUGUUCGUACUCGAGCAGCUGUACGGCAUUACCUCGCGCAAGGCUGAAACCAGCCACGAGCGCCAUUUUCAAACGCGCUACCAUCGGUACAUCCGCCAUAUGCUUGCGAAGCUACGCGAACCGGCCGACUUUAGCCGACCGAUCGAGGGCUGGACACGGUUUCGGACGCUCUACACGCAGCUGCAGCAGCGCAGCCAAAAACGCUUCUCCCUAUUUCUGCGACUUGGGGACGUCAGUCCGAACCUGUUGCGACUCUCCAACACGGCCAUCGCUAUGCCGGGCAUCGACACAACGCUCGCUGGCAGCCGGCAACCGAUCCUGAUACGCUCGGUAGACAACAGCAUCCAGAUACUGCCGACGAAGACGCGCCCCAAGAAGCUAACCUUUUGCGGCAACGAUGGACGCCGGUUUGGCUAUCUGUCGAAGGGAUUGGAAGAUUUGCAUCUGGACGAACGCAUCAUGCAGUUCCUGUCGAUCGCCAAUCUGAUGAUGACGAAAUCGAUCGACUGCAAUGGCAAUGUGACACAUUACCGGGCGGAACACUAUUCGGUAAUACCGCUCGGACCCCGUUCCGGGCUUAUUACCUGGGUUGACAAUACGGUGCCAAUAUUUUCGUUGUACAAAAAAUGGCAACAACGCGAAGCGUUGCAGAAGAAGGAAUCGAAAAGUGGUGGUAGUGGUGCUUUACGUCCAUCGGAAUUAUUCUACAACAAACUCACACCACUGCUCCAAAGCCAUGGUAUGAAGGCUAGCGCAAGUCGGCGCGAAUGGCCACUGCCGGUGCUGAAGCAGGUGUUGGCCGAGCUGCAGCAAGAAACACCCCGUGAUCUGCUCGCCAAAGAGCUAUGGUGCCAUAGUGCGACCGCUUCCAGCUGGCGGCAAGUCAUCCGCAGCUACUCACUCUCGCUUGCCGUUAUGAGCGUGAUUGGCUACAUCAUCGGGUUAGGCGAUCGGCAUCUGGAUAAUGUGCUGGUCAAGCUAGCAACCGGUGAGAUCGUACACAUCGACUAUAACGUCUGCUUCGAGAAGGGCAAAACACUGCGCGUACCGGAAAAGGUACCGUUCCGGAUGACGCCAAACUUGGAGGAAGCGUUAGGCUUAACCGGCAUCGAGGGUACCUUCCGAUUGGCUUGCGAGCACGUGUUGAAGUCGCUUAAAAAGGGAAGAGAAACGUUGCUAACACUGCUGGAGGCGUUCGUGUACGAUCCGUUAGUUGAUUGGGCGAUUGGUGAAGAGAUCGGUAGUGGUUUGCCGAUGACAGCCACCGAUAUUACCGUUUCUACUGCAGCUGUAGCUUCGAACGUGCCUGGUGGUGGUGGUGGAGGUGUUGGUGGCGCAUCGCGUUACAUCAGCCAGGCCAAGAAGCAGCUGGAUCGUGAAGUGACGCGCGAUACGCUUGCGGUGCGGUUUGCCGAAUGUCGGAAUGAUUGGUACCAGAACCGGGACGAACUGCUGCAACAUCUGAUCUGCUUGCAGAAGUAUCUCCACAACCUCGGCAAGGUGCGUAACGAGCUAGCGGACUCGGAACGGUUGCGCAUCUCACUGUCGCAGCAGUCGCAGCUGAUCGGUGAGGUGGAGUACCUCGACACGGCAUUCAGCAGUCACCCGUUGGCGAGCCUGGCACAUAGGUUGAGCAUGCGGGCUCGCUUGCAGGAGGUGUACGCCGGUCAACGGGAGCAUCUAGUGAAGCAGGCAGAACUGUUAACACAUCAGCUGGAGGAGUAUGAAGAAUAUCGCAAAGCAAUCGAGGGGGAACAGUUGGAACUCUUGAAGUGUGUGCUCGCGGACGUACCUGAACUUAUACAGCAGGACGAUGAUACGCAACAGCUCUUGGUUGCGUUCCUGCCCAAGGACGAUCCAGGGUACGUCCAAUAUUCCUUUGCCCGCACGGAACUAAGUGAGCUGCAGCGUCGUGCUGCUCCCGUUGCGGAUACAAUCUUCAAACUACUCGACCAGUACGGCGAACGGUUGCCAAACGACACGAAGGUUAACCAUCCGCUGCACCAUUAUGCCAGCUGGUAUAAACAGCUUGCCGAGGGUAGUCAAGAACCAACGGUGGCUCUGGAGCGGGCACAGCAAGUAGUACGCGAACAGGCGACGAAACGAACGCUUUACCACGAGCUGCAAACCAAGCAGGACGAACGUCAGACAGAAGAGAUCCUGGCAGGUGCACAGAGGAUCACGGUGCUGAAUCGUGCCUUGAUCGAUGCCGAACGUACCACCGUGGAUGGCAUCGUGGUACAGGUGCAGAUGAUGUCUAACUUAGCGUGUCAUCUACUGGACGAAUGCUCCAAUCGGCGAUGCAUCGACGGUAAUGUGCUGGACUGUUUGCAGCGUACAGCAGCAGAGUACAGGUCGUUGGAGCGGUUCUACGACACGUUACUACCUUUGCUAGAUCGCUGUCAGAACGAAACGAGUGAUCGUGAGCUGCAACUGAAUGAACAGUUCGAGCAGCUAGUGCUGAAUGUAGAACAGUGCCUACGGAAAGACCAUUGGGACGGAGCGAUUGUCAGCGAGGCUAUUAAGAUGGCUCGCCUGUUAGUUGACAGCUGGACAGAGCUAAUAGUGGAGGAGGUAGCAGAUGAUGUCGUGUUGGCGUUCGAUGACUUACUUAAGACGACGUGUAUACCCUCGCUUGACCUGUGUCCGAUUGCGUUGACUGAUCAUAGUGAGACAACCAAUCAGCUGAAUGAAGCAACUCAACUGAGCAUCUGGCACUACAAUCAUCCCAAAUCUGCGACGAACCAAAUAUCCGAGCUUGUCGAAUGUCUUAUACAGGCGGCGAAACUGCAAACAAUGUUCGAGCUGCGAAAUGGAUCAACUCGAAACGAACACGAUAGUUCCAACAGCUUGAUCUCAGUAGACCGCUUCGUUAAACGGUUUGUACGGCUACGUUUGGCUGGUCGUGGCCCGUUGGCGGCACUCUGUGUGGUGCUACAAGAUGCAACUCAGGAUGUGUCCAUGAGGCAUCCUCAUUUAUCGGACGUUACCGAUCAGCAGCAAGCAGAAAACAACGCCCAAUGGAUGCAGAGUUUAGCCGAUGCCGUACAAUCACUCAUGCCAAUACCACCGCUACUGUCCGCGGCACUAGAGGGACUGAAACGUCACACGGAAGCAUUGCGCAAUCGGUUAGCGUGGGCUUCUGCCGCGCAUCCACCGCUCUGUCCACUGGAACUUCCGGUUGCUUUCGAGCGGAACAGUUCGCACAGUAUCGAUAGCAGCAGUAGUUGGAUAGGUGGGUUAGAGCGCAUUCUACGUUACGGUCAGGCGGUACUGCGCUAUGAAGUAACACGCCGGUUCGACGACCCAACACUCGCAGGUGAAUUUAGCAUCCUGGUUGAACGGUGGCAAAAGACACUUACCGGCUACACGGUACGUGGUGCAUCGUUCGUUUCACCCACGGAGGAAGCACUGGUGGAGUUACUCGACCCGGAAGGUUCCAUCGAUACGACGUGGAUCAGUAACGUACGUGCGUUGAUCGAAGAUAUGACCGAUCAGGUGCUUACGAACAUUGCCCGGCUGGAGCAGGAUGAGCGUAGGCUACAAACGGCACUGCAUGCCGCCGCCAAGCGACUGCUAACGCUCGUCCACACGCACGAUGACAUUGUCGGCGACAUUCGGUCACUGUUGCGCACACAGCUCCGCAUCGGUGGUUCGUCGGCGUUGCGCGACUAUCUACAGCGGUAUCGGCGCUUUCUCGAUCUGCUGCAGAAUGCGCACGAAGCGGUGAUGGCCGCGGUUGCCCAAUCGAAUGAGUCGUCCGAUUCGUCCGCAUCCGGCUACACGCUGGACGACGCCGGUGAGAUGGUGAACGAACUGCUUGCCCUCAUUGACGACGUGUUCGAGCAGCUGUUCCAGUUCGACGAACCGCCGGAUGAUACGGUACAGGACGAAAGGGAUCACGGUGAAGAGGAGAAUGAUGAUGAUGAUGCGAGCGGUACAGAUGGUGCAUCCUCAUCCGUCUACGUCCAUGAUUCUGCACCCGCCGAACGAAAAGAACAGAAACAAAAGGAACAAAAGGAGCAGAAGCGUAACGCUUACGCCGUCUCGGUUUGGCGCCGUAUUCGGAUGAAAUUGGAAGGGCGCGAUCCGGAUCCGGUACGGCGCUGUGGCGUCUCCGAACAGGUGACUUGGAUGAUCGAUGAAGCGAUGGACCCAAGCAACCUGGCCGUGCUUUACGAAGGCUGGACACCGUGGGUCUAGGAUGGGCCCAACGUAACGGUCAAGAAAAUAAGUGGCUUUAACCAUACCGCGUGUGACAAACGACGUGCGAGAAAUUGUUAUUAUAAAAAAAAUGGUGUACACAGUACUGUCACAAGCAAACUUUUGUUGUUUUUCGAUGGAGGCGCCUGGUGGGCCAUACGACGCAUAGUAUGAUGCUCACCCUCCCACCCUCAAAGGUGUACCAGUUGUGUGUGAAUGUUAGUCAUGUUUGAUAUUUAAUUUUUAUUUUUUAUCCGUGUAUAGUUUACUUUUCAGGUAACGCAAUCAAGUCGCAAUUAGUUACGAUUUAUUGUGAAACUAAAUAACUAAAUACGUAUUGCAUCGCAAGCAAUGAAUUUUUUUUGUUAGAUGAACUUUUAGUUUAGCAUUUAGGCUUUAUGUUUCCUUUUCGUAAGAGAAACAGCGUUGAAGCAAUCCGGUAAUGGGAGGGAUGUGUGAACGUUUUUAGCGUAACUAAGUACUAACGAGAAGAAGAAAAAAACAACUGACUUAAGUUCGUUUUUUACGCUAAAACCCUGUCGAACGAAUUAAACGUAGCAUAAUUAGGUUAGGUUUACCAACACAGUGUACCAAGCAAUUCGGUUGUCGGUUAGUGAAGGUUAGGUUCAAUGAUAAUGCCAAUUGUUAGCUAUUUCAUUUGACGAGUGAAUUAUCCGAUCGUGUGUAAAUUGUACAAAGUGGCAAACCAUGUACAUGAAUGUGUCUGUGUGCUCGUCUGCUCAACUUGUGUAUUUUUAGUUUUUGGUUUUGUCGUUCAUUGUUUACGAUUAGGGAUUUAAAUAGUGUACAGUAAAUAGAUUAAAACAUUUGAGCAAUGAAAA